UCUUCUUCUUCUUCUUCUUCUUCUUCUUCUUCCUCUUCCUCUUCCUCUUCCUCUUCCUCCCCGUCCUACCCUGGAAGCGCGUCGGGCUUAUCUUCCUCUUCUUUUCUUAUGGAGACAGGGCUGCUUCCUAAUCAUAAGUUGCAAAGCGUUGGAGGCGAUGCCCCAGCCACCGCACCUUCACACCACCCCUGUGCCCAGCACCAGCACCAGCACCCAGCUCACCUCCGUGCCCAGCAUCCCCACCAGCAACAACAACGGCGGCGGCGCUGCUCAGCCCAGCAGCGCAGACAUGGAACAGCAGCAGCAGCAGCAGCAGCAACA